GUUAAGGUGUGACCAACACUUAACAAUGUAAACAAAUUGUUCUAAAAAAACAGACGAGCGUCUUUUAAAAAGAAAAUAAUACUGAAAUAUCACAUUUUAAAGAUAGACAUUUCAUUUCAAGUCGUUAUGUACUCAUAACGGUUGGUCAGAAAAGCAAGUAACGCCUCGCUAGCACUCCAGUUAACGUUUAAAAAUGAUAUACCAUAUUCCCUGGAUCCACACUCCAGUCAGGACAGUCCUGGCAAUCUGGAACCAGCUAACCAAGACCGAGAUCCCAGAGCUGGCCAAGUGCUCUGUGCUGAUGAGAGAGCGCGGCAGGGUGGAGGAAACCAUUCACUCCAUGCAGCGAGCAGGUGCAGGCAGCCUGCAGGUAAUCUCAGACUUCGAUAUGACACUCACCAGAUUUGCCCACAAUGGCAGGAGAGUGCCUACAACACACAACAUCCUGAUUAACCGUCUGCUGAUCAGUGAAGACUGCACUCAAAAGCUGAAGGUGCUGUUGAACACAUACUAUCCCAUAGAGAUUGACCCAAGCAGGAGUGUUGAGGAAAAGCUGCCUCUCAUGGUGGAGUGGUGGACUAAAGUCCAUGAGCUGCUGAUUCAGCAGAGGAUCAGGAAGGACCUGCUGGCCCAGGCUGUCAACGAAUCCGGCACUAUGCUCAGGGACGGCUACAAGUCGUUUUUUGACCGCCUGGCAGAGCAACAGAUCCCUCUGCUGAUCUUCUCUGCUGGCGUCGGAGACGUCCUGGAGGAGGUGAUUCGACAGAACCAGGUCUUCCAUCCCAACGUCAACAUCAUCUCCAAUUACAUGGACUUUGACCCAACUGGGGCUCUGCAAGCGUUUAAAGGCCUACUGAUCCACACCUUCAACAAGAGGGAAGGCGCUCUGUCACAUGCAGCUGGCCUCAAAAAUCUGCAGGGUCGACCCAACGUGCUGCUGCUGGGAGACUCUUUAGGAGACCUGACGAUGGCUGACGGGGUGUCUGAGCACCAGAACAUCCUCACCAUCGGCUUCCUCAACGACCAGGUGGAGGAGAGAAAAGAGUCGUACAUCAACUCCUUUGACAUCGUACUGGUGAAGGAUGAGACGCUGGAUGUUCCGAAUGCUAUCCUCAGUUAUAUAACCUCAUCGCGAGACAAAAAGUAAGGUCCGAACGUAGGACCUGGACACUUUAUGUGGACUCACUCUAUUCAGCAUGAUGCACACUGGACAAUCACACAUCAUCACUUACCUCAAACUAAACCUUGAACCUGGACUUUUUUUCUCCAACGCUACACGGUUAUUGAUGAAAAUCACCCAUCUUUUUAUUUGUUGAACUUUGUAUUUUGAGGUGUAGGUAUUUUAAAGUACUGUGAAGUUACUAGUGACUGUUGAAAACAUAUAAUAUAGACCAUGCCUUUAAAUGUAGUUUAAAGAAUCAGCAAAGUGUUGCUCUUUACAGACAAUAAGAACAAAUGAAACUUCAGUAAAACGUUUCCCCCUGCUUCAGGAGAGUCACAAAGGCUAUUUGCAACCUUAAUGGAACUCAAUGAAGUGACAAUUGAUCGACAAAUGCAAAGUGUACUCAAACAAUGCAACCUCUAAAAGAGCUAAUACUAACAUCUGCACUGACUUUCCAUCAUCUCUUUCUCCUCAGAAACAUUAUUAUGCAGUAUGAGGAUGAGCUGCUUUAAAAGAAAAGAAAAAUAUAUGAACUCUGCACACUCUACUAAGCACCUGAGAAACUCUUGGGGAGUUUAUGUCUAUGCUAGUCAUUGAUCGGCCAUGACAAACUCCGUUCUUCAGCGUGAGGUGUUUAUAAAUUGACUUUAUACCAGAACAGUCCAGGCCAAAGAUCAAUGAUGGACUUUGUGGUUGUUUCAUUGGAUGUGCUGCCUUCUGUCUCUGAGACUCCCUGGUGUAGUGCUGUCGACCAAUUACUAAAUGCUAUUGGUGGGUUCAGAAAGCACGGGACGCUGCAGAACAGAUUGGCUAAACCAAAAACCCUUCUGUGAGGUUGAACUCGGAAUGUCCAGCUGAAGCCCAAGUCUGCAUCACCAGUCUUCAGCUCACACCUCCCAAAGAAUUUCUUGUGCAUCUCAUAAGGUUGGGCGCGUGAGUGGGCAGUGUUCAAAGCCUCCAUUGUAGAGGUAACUGCUAGAAGUAGUGGCAGUAGAUUGUCAGUACCAACCUCAGCUGCUGGAAAGGGAGUUCUCAAAAAAGCCACUUGGGCUUGUUAAGACCAGCAGUCUCCUUUAGUAAGAAGAGAAUUAAUGGGAGGCUGAUACAACAUGGUUAGGUAUAUUUAUGUGUCUGUAUGUUACAUGUUUUCUUUCUGUCACACUGCCUAGGGCUGGGAGAACAGCAUUGUGUCUUUUUUAGGUUUUCAGAUCUAUGAAAAUGUUACAUGUUUGGAUAAUCAGGUGGCCCUAUAUUAUAAUUUAUCUUUUAAAUUCUGUUAGUGAUCAAAAUCUGUUUGUUUUUAACCGCACAGACAGGUUACCAAACCAUGCUGUGAUACCAUACCUGAUAAGGCUAUGACUGCCUGAUAAAAAAUAAACAUAAAGUUCUGAUCAACACUGUGGACUCUCAGGCGAUGUGAGAAAUGUAACCGUUGUUGUAAUCUGCUACACAAACUGUCUACGUAUGUGUUCCAGGUCAAUGCAUUGUCAAUAAAAACACAAUGAACAAUA